AUGUCCGUCACACUCCACACCACCCACGGUGACCUCAAGCUCGAGAUCUUCUGCGAAUCCGUCCCCCACACCGCCGAGAACUUCCUCGCCCUCUGCGCCAGCUCCUUCUACAAUGGCUCGCCCUUCCACCGAAACAUCCCCGGCUUCAUGAUCCAGACCGGCUCGCCUGCCGCGGACCCCAAGUCUAAGACCUCGACCUCCAUCUAUGGCAACGGCCUCUUCGCCGACGAGAUCAAGCCAUCCCUCCGGCACAACGCGCGCGGGAUUGUGAGCAUGGCGAACAAGGGGCCGGAUACGAAUGGGAGCCAGUUCUUCGUUUGCUAUGCGCCUGCGCCGCAUUUGGAUGGGAAAAACACCGUCUUUGGCCGGGUGAUUGAUGGGAUGGAGACGCUGGAUCGGCUGGAGGGGCUGGAGGUGGAUAAGAAGGGAAGGCCGAAGGAGAAGUGUGUUAUCGAGAGGGUCACUAUGCAUGCGAAUCCCCUGGCUGGUUGA